AUGGCCAGUCGCCCAGGCCUGCAAGCGCACAGACAAAAGGCAAUUCUAGUCUGCAUGAUGCAAGCCUGGUGUGGUGGUGGUGGUGGUGGUGGUGGGAGGAGUGGUGAGUUGGUCAACCUUGUCUCCGUACAUGUAAACUUGAUGUUCUUGGAAGUGAACCGAACCGAACCUUGGAACUGGAACCUGGAAACUUGA